AGUUUCAUUCAAAAGGAACGCGAUCCUUUUCAUUUUAGUACUUUGUGCAAAUUAAUUGACGGCAUCAGAAUGAAAUAUUUGGUUCUGCUUUUGAUCGGCCUCUAUGUUCCCUCAGCAAUAUCAGAUGAAAUCUCCAACGUUGAUAUAGAGAAUGUCAUUCAGUCCUUGCAAAUAGCGAUCGAUGCGAAAGUUGAUAGAAAAGUGCCUGACGAUGCUUAUCUUACCAUUUCACAAUAUGUCACGAAAUAUGGAUACUCGUUCGAAUCUCACGAAAUAACUACGGAAGAUGGGUACAUUCUUGAGUUGCAAAGAAUUCCGGCUAAAAUCCAAGGAGCUCCUGCCGCAUUGUUUGUACAUGGGUUGGCCUGUUCAGCCAUUGAUUGGGUCAACCAAGGACCAAAUGCUUCGUUGGCGCUCUUAAUGUCUGAUUUAGGUUACGAUAUAUGGCUAUUUAACAGUAGAGGUUCCAUUAACGGAAUGAAACAUGAAACAUUUAACAGUUCCACGGCUGAAUUUUGGUCAUUUAGCUUCCACGAAAAAGGUUAUUAUGACCUUAAAGCCACAGUUGAUCACAUUAUCGAAACUACUUCGUUGGAAAAAAUAACUCUCAUCGGCCACUCAGAGGGCACUUCCAGUGCAAUGGUUUUGGCUUCCACUAGAUCCGAAUAUAAUGAUAAAUUCAAUUUGGUUGUAUUUCUGAGUCCAAUCAGUUAUAUGGGUGGUGUAACCUCGCCUUUGAUAUUGUUUCUGACGAGCAUUCUAGAUGAGCUUGUUAUUUUAGUAAAUGCUGUAGGCUUUCAUGGAUUCGCCUACUCGGAGCAGUUUGCUCAUUUACUUGUAAGCGCUUGCUCUAUUGAUGGUAUCACGCAAAUUUGUGGGAACUUACUGGGAGCCCUCGCCGGUCCGGAUAUAGAACAAUUGGAUCUUGAUCAACUGUUGAUAUUUUUCUCUAGCAAGCCAUCGGGAGUAUCUGCAAGGCAACUCAUACACUAUGGACAAGAAAUUCUUGCUGACACAUUUAGAGAAUAUGAUUAUGGCGCCAUUGAAAACUAUGUGAAAUAUGGUAGUACCAGUCCUCCGGUUUACAAUGUUUCCCAGAUAACUGCACCAGUAGCAGCUUAUUAUUCAUCAAACGAUUAUUUUGCUGGUGUAACAAGUGUCGAGAGGCUUGUAAGUGAACUACCUAACGUCGUUGAUCAAUACCUAAUAGAAUACGAACAAUUCAACCAUCUAGAUUUUAUUCUUGCUAAAGAUGUGAAGACCAUGAUUUAUGAUCGAGUGAUAUCACUUGUAAGUAAAUUCAACCCUUUGUGAUAUGAUGACGAUGAUGAUAUUGUUGGCGCGGAUAGAACAUUUAUGAACGUACCAGUUCGACGUCCUAUCAUUUAUUUUUGUUCUGGUGUUUUUGGUGUGUAACAAUGGAGAAGUGAAGUUGUCAAUCUAAUAAUAAUCAAUAAAUAGAAAUUAAUAAAUCAGCAA